AUGUCGAAAGAUGAUGGUGUUAAAAUUCUGACGGACAAGGAAUAUAUACGGUUAGGAGAAAGUAAUUUGGAUGAUUGUUAUAAAGUUAUGAAUAUGGAAGGAUGGCGAACUGAGAAGAAAUGUGACAACGGAGAUAUUGUUGAAUAUUUGGAUCAUCCGUUCUUUGGAAAAGUUUUCAGAUUCACGAAAAUAGAUAAUCAAACAGACAUCAGUUACCAAGUGGCUGCUGGAGGAGGCGGGGGUCUGGUUUCGCCUCGGGAUUUCGUAAACCUAAGACAUUACGGUAUGCGAGGCGCCAGCAUGGUUUGUGCAGGACAAUCCGUGGAACAUCCCCUUGGACCAGAGACUAGUAAAUAUAUCAGAGGUUACACCCGUCUCGGCUGCUGGUCCCUGACACCCCUGAACGGCGGCGCGACCACGGAAUUCCGUUGGCUGAUGAGCAUGGACAUGCGCGGCCUGCUGCCCAGAAUUAUAGUGGACGCGGCUCACACCACUGUCAUGAUGGACUAUGCAAGACAUUUGAGGACACAUUCUCAUUUUUUCGAUACAGAACCAAACGAGGAAUGGAAACUAAGUAGAGGAUUAUUAAAAUUUUUGGAUAGUGGCAAAUGUUUAGUAUUAUUAGUUAGACAAAUCGAUGGUGUUAUAGAUUUUGAAACAGAGGAUUCUUGGUGUUCUUCUGUCAUUGAAUUAGUGAAUGGAUUGCAAGCCGGUCUGAAAGCUAACGUUAUUGUUUCAGGAGACACAGCAGUUUAUUUAACCGUACAAGAUGAAGUCGAAUAUUGGUCAGCGAUUUCGCUUAAAGGUAAACAAGCUUCUGAAAGAGAAAAGGCGCAAGCAAUUGUUGACAUUUUGGAACCUGUCGCAAGGAGUAUUAGUGAUUUAGACAGUGCUAGUCUUGUUGAAGCAGAAGAUAUACUGGAUGGAAUCCAAAACUCCUUGGAUGAUCUCUGGCGUUUGUCCACGCGUUAUCCUCAAGUGCGUAUGGAACGAUUAUUAGAAACUUUAGGACAUGCUGUUGUGGAUAACUGUCAGUCUCGCUUAUCGUCCUUGCCAUUGUGGGACAAAGAAAGUCCUGGAGAAAUUUUGGAAAGUGCUUUGUUUUUUUGCGAACGUUGGUUGGAAUGUUGCGAAUCUUUAACCAAAUUGUUUUGGUCUAAUUAUAGCAUUAAAUCAAUAAGAGAAACUUACACAAAUAUAUGCCGUUGGCUACCAUUCAGUGAUCAAUCAGUUCUGAAAAUCGGGACUGUUUUAAAUCCAUUUAAAGGUGUGGAGGCUUUAAAUGUUGACACGUACACUGAAAAUCAAUGGCAAAAAUGUAUAAAAACCUUCGAGCUAUCUUUGAUACCAGCUGAUGAUCGUCUGUCAGAAAUCAUAAAAUCAAGAUUAUUAUCAGUAAAAGAUGAUCCAACAAAAAUGUUAAAUGUGUUUUCCUCGAGCGGGUCUAUUGUGGGUCGCAAAGGUGUGCAAAAUGCCCUCAAACCAGAACGAGAAAUGUUAUGCAGUUCCUUACAAGGACUUGUAGACAAUUUGGAGUCUCAAGUAAAUAAUCCUCCAGUUGAUCCAAAUUCUGAAGAGGAAAUACCAAUGAUUUUGCAAACUUUGCAAUGGUGCGGAAAAGUUGAAAGUCAGGUUAAAGAAGUUCAAAAAGUAAAUAUAGCAACAAUGAAAGAUCUUGAUGGUCAUAAACCUUUGGAAAAUGCUUCAAAUGGGCUUCUGAAGGAGGUCCAACGCGUUAUGAAAAAUACUUAUGAUACCUGGUGUGAGGAUACACUUCAUGAGAUUGAAACCAAUGAAAUGAUACAGCGCCCGUUGUUCAAUUUGAUGGGUGGCAGCUGGAUGAGGGUCACAUACAGCCCUCGCCUCGAGAGUCUUUCCUCGGAAACUCGAGGUCUAGUUGCCCUCGGGUACCCUAUCCCUCCACCCAUUCGUGGUAUUGUUGAAGCUGCUAGUAAACAUGCAGCAAAUGCUAGAGCAUUGGAACAGAUUGCAAAUUUACAUAACACGAUCGGCGAACGUAUGAUACCUUCCCAGCGUCCUAUGAUGCUCUCAGGAGCCCUGGAGCUUUCGCGCCUGGUCGAACGUCAGAGCGCGGUCUCUUGGGGAGAUCCUGGUGUCGAAGAUUAUUUGGCAGAAUUGCGAGCUGUUGCCAAAAAAUUGGCAAACGAUAAUAAUAUUUUAGCUGAACAGCACAUUAAAAUACGUGAAAAGGUCAUAGGAUUACUAAAUGCUGAUUUAUUGAAAGAACAAGAUAUAUGGCGUGAUAACGUUAAAUUUAUUCGAGAUGUAAUGACAAAAGUUGAAGGACAAGGUUAUAAAAAUUUACAAACUUGGCGAUUACAUUGGGAUCAUCAAUUAUAUAAAGUUUUGGAAGUGCAAUAUCAAAAAGGCAUUGAGGAUUUGAACCAAUAUUUGCCAGAAAUCACAAUUGACCUUGUUUUUAGACAACAACAAUUACAGUUCAUACCAAGAAUGGAAGAAAUAAGAAUGCGUUAUUAUACACAACUCAAAAAAUUUCUAUCAAUACCAUUAACAUUCAGAGGUCUUGCUGAAUAUUCCGAUCCCUCAGAAUCGAUUUUUCGUAUAAUGGUAGAUCGUAAUGCAAAUAGAUUUGGUCCUUUAUUUGCGAGGGCAGAAACCGUUUUUGGAAAACUAGAACAAUUCAAAAAUUCUUGGAAACCUUGGGUGGCUUUUGGAUGUGUAGAUAUUGAUGCUUUAUGUGAAAUACAUCUCACAAACUGGGAACAUUGGGAUAAAGAAUUUCGAGCUUGCAAAGCAUUUUGUCAACAAGUUGCCAAAUUCACGAGUUCUGAAGAAAAAGUGGAAUGCUUUAAAAUCAACUUGUCGUUGCUAAGAACCAACAUCGAGUCGCAUAGUCGCCUAUAUUGGGAUGCCUUAUCAACAUCAUUGCGGGCUUCAAUUUUAGAGGACGUUGCAAUUUUGGAAACUUUUGUAAAAGAAUCUAUGCAAAUAUUGCAACAACCGGCAACAUCGUCUAAAGAUAUCAGGGAGUCUACUGAACGUCAUGAAAAAAUAAUUAAAAGCAACAAGCAGAUGGAAGAUCUUCUGAACAGUAUACAAAAAAAGAACUCAACGUUAGCUUCUUGGUGUAAAGAACGUGUUGAAAUUAUCUCACAAUUAACUAAUAAUUGGGAGAGAUUUCAAAAUACACUCAAAAACCAUAGUCAAGUUCUUGAAAAACAAGUUGAGGAAAUCAAAUUAGUAGUCACUUCACAAUUGGAUAAUCUCAAAGAAGAAAUGGAAAAGUUUUGGAUACGUUGGCAGCAAGCAGCAUCACCAGAUGCCGAUGAUGAAGGAUUGGAUUCUUUAGACCGAUCUAUGAAUAGUUUAAAAGAUAAAUCGUUACAUUGGGAGCAAUUAAUGGAACAGAAAAACCAGCUUCUGUUGGAUUGCGAGACUUUUCAUAUUGAUCCACCAGAUUUAUCAUUUUGUGAAGAAGUCGAAAAUGAUAUGGGCAGACAAACGAAAAUGUAUGAAAUGUAUGGUGAUUUUAAAAAAGAGUUAACCGAGAUCGGUGGAGAAGAGUGGAUUAUUUUUCGCAAACGUGCUUAUAAACUGGAAGACUUUUUAUCUUCUUGGCAUAAAAAGUUAGCAGAUGUUGAAAUGAAUCCAAUUAUUCAUAGAAUACACAAAGAAAUUGAUAACUAUCAGUCAAUGUUACCGGCAAUACAAUUCUUACACGGAGAUUCAUUCACAACACUUCAUUGGACACAAGUGUUGAAUUUAAUAGGUGUACCAUAUAAAAAUUUAGAAGCAUUGGUUCUCGGUGAUUUUUUAUCAGUCGCUGGCAACAUCAUCGCUUCCGCAAAUGACCUGCAGAAAAUUGCAAAACAAGCUGCAUCUGAGCAAGUUGUUAGAGGAGCUUUAACUGAACUUGAACAGUGGGGAUUAACUGCAAAAUUAUCUUUAGGGCAUCAUAUUGAUACCAAAGGAAACUCUAUAGAAAUUAUUAAAGAUUAUCAAGAUGUACUGAAUAAGAUUGGGGAUAAUCAAUGUUUAUUGCAAUCCAUAAAAAGUUCUACAAACUACGAAGCGUUUGCUGAUCAAGCUCAAAUUUGGGAACGACGACUGGAUGACUUGGAUCAAUACUUAACAAAGCUAAAUGUGAUACAAAGAAAGUGGGUUUAUCUGGAACCAGUAUUUGGAGCUGGUACUUUGAGGUCAGAGGAAGGAAGAUUUCUGCGGUUAGACAGAGAUUUUCGUUAUAUAAUGGAACAUACAUCAAGAGACCCACGUGUUGUCACCUUGUGCCGAGUACCCAACGUACACGCCUUGUUGACAAAUCUUCUUGAGCAGUUGACUCUCUGUCAAAAUAGCCUGAAUGACUUCUUAGCGUCUAAAAGAUCAGCUUUCCCAAGAUUUUUCUUCCUCGGCGACGAAGAACUGUUGGAAGUGGUCAGUCGUGAAGAUGCCCUGCAGAAACACUUGCGCAAGUUGUUCGCAGGCGUCCACUCGGUCACCGUCAAAGGCAGCGGAAGAGACACCGGGCGCAGAGUAACGGAACUAUGCAGCGCCGAAGGGGAAAUCGUUACCCUCGACAAACCCGUGGAAAUGACGGGGCCAGUUGAGAUUUGGUUAGGUGAAUUGGUAAACGAAAUGCGUUCCACAUUACGUACAACUUUGGUGAAAUGUGUUCAAUCGUCAGAAAGUGGCGAUAAAGCACUAGAUUUUCCGGCACAAUUAUUAUGUCUUGCAGAAUGCAUCAAUUUUACUACACGUUGCGAAAAGGCUAUUAAUGAAAGAUCUCUAAAUUCUUUACUGGAGAAACUCAAGAUCCAAUUAAAUAACUAUACAAGCAGCGCACUUGAUUUAAGUAGUUCAAAUCCAAAUGAAAAUUCUGUAGAAACAAAGAUUCUUGGUUUGAAAUUGAAAGCUUUGCUAAUUGAGCACAUUCAUCAUAUAUCAAUAGUCGAAGAUCUUUUGAAAUAUAAUGUCUCCAGUACACAAGAUUGGCAUUGGAUUAGUCAACUUCGAUUCUAUUUGAAUAAGCAAGGGUGUGCAAUUAUUCGGAUGGUACAUGCCGAAUUUCCAUACAGUUAUGAGUAUUUAGGAAAUAGUCCAAGGCUUGUGCAUACUUCAUUGACCCAUAAAUGUUAUUUGAUCUUGACUCAGGCUAUGAAUUUGGGACUUGGAGCAAAUCCAGUUGGACCUGCAGGAACUGGUAAAACAGAGUGCGUUAAAUCUAUGGGGUCCAUGCUCGGAAGACAUGUUCUUGUUUUUAACUGUGAUGAGGGUAUAGAUGCAACAGCUAUGGGCAGAAUACUUACUGGGCUAGCUCUUUGCGGUUCAUGGGGUUGUUUUGAUGAGUUCAAUCGUCUUCAGGAAGCAACGUUAUCAGCAGUAUCAAUGUUAUUACAGCCUUUACAAGCUGCUAUAAAAAAUAAAGAUCCAGAACUUGAAUUACAAGGACAAAAGAUCUUGCUAGAUUCUAACUGUGGUGUAUUUGUGACUCUGAACCCGAGUGGUGCUGCAUAUGGGGGUAGAAAUAGGUUACCAGCAAAUCUACAAGCUCUAUUUCGACCUGUAGUGAUGGCUUCACCCAAACCGAGUGAUAUUGCACGAGUUUUACUUUUUGCGGAAGGAUUUCGUUGUGCUGACACAAUUGCUGAUCGAAUUGUGGAACUCUUUGAUCUGGCAAGUAAAUUACUUUCUCCUCAACAACAUUAUGAUUGGGGUUUAAGAGCUCUAAAGGCAAUUCUUGGAUGGUGUGGCAGAACAUUAGCAUCUGUAAGAAAACAACACAAAGGUGAUGUCUCAGAAGAUUUAGAAAUUGAAAUUGCUGUUCAAGGUUUGAGAGUUAAUACGAUAUCCAAACUAACACAUUCAGAUUGCGUCAAGUUUAAUAUAUUGAUUAAGGAUGUCUUUUCUGGAGUUAAUUUUAAAACUUUUGAUCACGCUGAAUUAGAAAUAGCUUUGCAGAAAGCAUUUGUUGAAUUGAAUUUGCAACCUAAUAUUAUUCAGAUUUCAAAAUGUUUUGAUUUAUAUGAACAACUUCAGCAACGCAUGGGUGUCGUUUUGGUCGGUCCCUCUGGAACAGGAAAAACAACAAUAAUAAAUUUACUAAAACACGCUUUGAGUUUUCUAUCAAACAGAGUAAAAAGUCAUACUAUAUCUCCAAAAGCUUUACCGAAAAAAAUGCUUUUGGGUCAUACUGAUGCUGACACCAGACAAUGGACAGACGGAGUUCUAACCAGAACUGCUCAGAUAGCUCAUGAUGAAUCAGAAGAUGCUUGGUCAUGGGUUAUUUGCGAUGGCGAUAUAGAUCCUGAAUGGAUUGAAUCAUUGAAUUCGGUUUUGGAUGAUAAUAAAAUUUUAACUUUGCCAUCUGGUUGGCGAAUCCAAUUUGGUAAUAACAUAAAUUUCUUAUUUGAAACACAUGAACUGGUACAUGCAUCACCAGCUACAGUUUCUAGAUUGGCCAUUAUUCAUUUUAGUGAUAAUGAUUUAGAUGUUCAGUUAUUAGUAUCUUCUUGGUUGCAAACUCAGCCUGAAAUUAACCGUCAAUUUUUAAAUAACUUCUUGGAAAGUAAUUUAACAAAUGCGUUGGACUGGAUUUAUAAAAACGAGAUCAAGUCUAUUAGUCCUUCGCGAGUUGGCCUUGUGAAAUCUGCCUUAAACAGGAUGAAUAGAAUUUCUAACAAACAAGAAUUAGCUAUAGAAUUUGUUAGCGGUCUUGGAGGGUUUUUAGAUUCUGAUGCAAGAGGAGAAUUUGCAAGAAUGGUAUUUGAUUGGAUUGGUGAAUAUCUUCCAGACCAAAGCAAACCUUUACAAAGCUAUUUCAAUCACAAAACUAAACGCUUAGAUAUAUACGGAUUGAGAAUGCCAUCAACAAGCAUUGACCCAAGGAAAAACGGUUUACCACUAGUUGAAACUCCAGACGUCCUAGCUACCUGUGCAAACUUCAAAAAAAUUUUAAAUGGUGACCAAAAUGAUGCUUUACUAAUAGUAGCUCCUGCAGGAUGCGGGGAACGUCUUAUAGUCGAAACCAUUAUAUUAGAGCAAGAGGAUAUAAAACUGGUAAUUGUGAAUUGCAACGAUCUCUUGAGUGCUCAACAUGUUUUGGAUAUAUUAGAACAGCACUGCCUUGUCGUUACUGGAACACGUGGUAAAGAAUACAGAGCGCGAUAUAAAAAAUUAAUGUUGUAUUUUAAAGAUUUAGAUUUAGCGAAUUGUGAUGAUUGCAGGACCAGCAUGGUAGUUCAACUUCUUAUCCAGAUCAUCACUCAUGGAGGAUUUUUUGACGAAAAAUUAGAUUGGGUCAUAUUAUUAAAUGUACAAAUUAUUGCAUCAGUGGAAGAUCAAGCUAUUUCUUCGCUUUCACCUAGAUUUUUAUCAAUCGUUAAUAUUUGUACACUGAGUUAUCCUUCCAAAGAAGAUUUGAAGACAAUUUAUUCAUUUUACUUAAAUAUUAUAUUAAAUAAUUUGCUACCAAAACAUUCACACUGGUCGAAGCCGAAGGAAAUUGAUAAAUUGACAUUAACUAUGCUGGACAUAUAUGAAGAACUGAAAUCUCUGUUUUCUUCUUCUAAAUAUGUCCAUUAUGCAUUGACGCCAAGAGAUUUGACACAGUGGUGUUUGAAUUUGUUGCUAUACACGGCGGAUCAGAAAGAACAAGAGGCAGUUUCUUGGCUUUUACAAGUAUUUGCUCGUGAAUUGUGCCAUUUAUUCCGAGACAAGUUAACAUCUACUGCAGAUAAAUCUGCAUUUAAUUCGGUGUUAGAAAAAAUAAUGACUACGUAUUGGGGAAGCAUUGGAUCAAUUAACCAUGGUUACUUUGUCUGCAUGGAAACCCAAAGUUUUAAAAAUUUGAGUUGGAUAAGCUAUGAUGAUUGGUUCAACAUGGUCGAACAGGGGAUUACUCAGUUUAGCAGAGAUAACAUCUUAUUAGAUUUAGUCAUAAAUAAAGAUCUUUUAUACGCCGUCUCUGCAACUUCAAGAGCAUUAGGUGAAAAUGGAGGGCAUGCGGUAUUGCUAAAUAAAAACGGAUGCGGAAGAAAAGCCGCGCUACGCGUAGCUUCAGCUCUGAGAAAUGCUAAUUUGAUUUAUCCAAUAAUUAGCAAAAAUUACGGCUUAAAAGAAUUAUUCGCAGAUUUAAAAACAGCGAUGCAAACAGCGGCGCUGGACAACACGCCAGUAUGGUUUGUAAUAGAACAACACGCUUUAGAUUCCGUGCCUGGAAUAAUGGCACCUUUGGGCUCCUUGAUAAGUUCUGGAGAAAUCCCACGAUUAUAUGGAGAAGAAUUGCAAUCUCUUGCUGGACCAUUAAGAGAUUACCUUACAGGGCUUGCCAACGAACCUGCAACGCCAGUAGAGUUAUUUAUGCAAAGAGUAAAAUACAAUUUACAUCUAGCAAUUUGCUUAGAUAUUGAUGGUGCUGAAUUAAACACUUUGUUUGCAAGUAAUCCAAUGUUAUUCCGUAAUUGCUGUGUUAAAAAUUUAACGGAUUGGAGCGAAGAAGUCUUAAACGACAUGCCAAAAAAAAUAAUGGACAUAUCUAAAGAAGAACCGCUAGAAGGAUUUAAGUAUGAAAUACCUAGUAAUUUUAUUGAUCUACAUUUAGCUACUGGACAUCUAGCCACUUCGCGAAGAUUUUUAAAUUAUAUUAAAACCUACAGAAAAAUUUUUAGAGAAAAAACAGUUAAUAUUAUGAAAAGCCAGAAAAAACUACAGGCUGGUGUCCAAAAAUUGACUGAAGCUAGAUCGGUGGUUGCUGGUUUGGAAGCUGAUGCCGCUGUUCAGGAUAAAAAUUUAACUGAGAAAAGGCAACAAGCAGCAAAAGCAUUGGAUAUGAUACAAGCUACUAUGCGAAGUGCCACAACUCACAGAGGCGAAAUGCUCAAACUUCGUGAAGAAACAGAAAAGAAAAAUACAUUGUUAAUGGAAAGGAAAAAAGAAAUUGAUGUAGAACUCCAAGAAGUAGAACCGCUACUGCAAGCUGCGCGUUCUGCAGUUGGUGACAUAAAAGGGGAAUCAUUAUCAGAAAUCAGGUCCUUGAGAGCACCUCCUGAUGUUAUUCGAGAUAUUUUAGAAGGAGUCCUUAGACUAAUGGGUAUUUUAGAUACAUCAUGGAAUAGCAUGAAAAGCUUCCUCGCAAAACGAGGAAUAAAGGAAGACAUCAAAAUGUUUGAUGCAACUCGUAUAACAGUCGAUAGCAGAUUAGCAGUCGAACAAUUACUUAAAAAUAAAUCGGCAUCAUUCACCGCAAAAGCAGCUCAAAGGGCAUCCGCAGCAGCUGCACCGCUUGCAGCAUGGGUUACUGCAAAUGUGAAAUAUGCCCAAGUCGUAGAAAAGAUAAAACCUUUAGAGAAGGAACACAAACAACUGAUGCAAAAUCUUCAAUUAGCCGAAGAACAAAUGUCGGAGUUAAGUAGCGGAUUAUCUAAUGUGGAUGAUAAAGUUGCUGCAUUGUCUGGACAAUUAAAUCAAUACACGCAAGAAGCUGCACAAAUCGAAUUAAAACUACAAGCUGCACAGAACACUUUGAGGGCAGCGCAAGAACUUGUUGGAAGAUUGCAUGAUGAAUACAUGCACUGGCAAAAUCAAUUAACUGUUGAAUCAGAAGAACUUAAAAUUCUUCCAGUCAAGGCGACAUUAGCAGCAGCUUGCCUCACUUAUUUACCGAGCGAAACUGAAGAAAGUAGAAAAUCGAUCUGGGAUAAGUGGCUGUCAAUUCUUAAUACAGAUGGAUUGGAAAAUUUUUCUUUGGUAAAGUUUUUGUCCUCUGAACAAGAGUUGUUGCAGUGGAAUUCCAAUAAAUUACCAUCGGAUAAAUUAUCGAUAGAAAAUGCUAUAUUCUUGAUAAAAUGCAUCAACAUUCCUCUGGUGGUCGACCCAUCAGGAUUUGCUCUUCCUUGGCUUGUACAGCACAUACAAGGUGGAUCUAAGACAACUGAUGUGAUAUCACAAAGCAGUCCAAAAUUAAUUCAUAAUCUAGAAUUAGCUGCUCGAUUUGGCAAAACCCUUCUUAUUACAGAAGUAGACAGAGUUGAUGGCAUUUUAUUACCAUUGUUGAGAAAUGAAACUAUGAUGCAAGGAAACAGGACAUUAAUACAGGUGGGUAAUCACGUCAUCGAUUUGCAUAGCGACUUCAAACUCAUUUUGACUACAAGAAAUUACAAGCAACAAUUUGCAGAUUUAGUUACAAUGAUUAAUUUUUCCACAACGAGAGAAGGAUUAGCUGCGAAAUUAGUACAGAAAGCGUUGUUAGAAUUGAAUCCAGAUUUGGAAAAGCGUCAAAAAGAAUUAUGGAUACAAGAAGAAAAUUUACAAAAUAAAAGAAUGGCCCUUAAUGAUCGAUUGUUGCAAACACUUGCUGAAGCACAAGGCGAUAUUCUUCAAAAUCAUGAGUUACUAGAUUCACUAAAGAAAGCCAAAACAAGCAGUGCAGAAAUAGACUCGUCUUUAAUCGAAUCUCAAUCUAUUCGAAAAGAAAUAGAAAGCCAAUGUUCUAUUUACGAUGAACCUUGCCGAAUAGCAAGUACAGCAUUUUUUGCUGCUCAGGAACUUGGCAAAGGGUAUCCAUUGUGCAUACUAUCAGUAGCUGCUUUCGAAAGGCUUUUCUUGAAGGUUCUCUGUGGAAAGAGUAAAGAAGAUUUCCAAGGUAAAGAAUUCAAAAUAAAAAUCACGCAAUUGACUUAUCACUACUUAGCUCGAAGUAUGUUUAAAAAUGAGCAAUUAGUAGUAGCACUUCAUUUAAUAAGAAGAUUGUAUGUAGAGGAAAUACCACAAAUAGAAUGGGAUAUAUUUACAAAACGAUCAGCAAUGAUCGCCGAUAAUGAAGAUAUUGAUAUAAGCCCUACUCCUACUUGGCUGGAUGAACAUCAAGCACAGAAUAUUCGCAUCCUAAAAGUCUUUUUACCGGAUUUGUACAAUAAUUUAGGAUUAACUAACGAAUCUGCUUGGAAAGCAACGUUGUCAAAAGUAAAUGAUGAAGUAAAGCUCCAUGUUAAUAUAACACUUUUCCAGACCGUGCUGGUUUUACAAGCUUUGAAACCUGAUAUGCUAUACACUGCUAUCAAUCAUUGUGUUCUAAAUAUCCUGGGUUUGCAAUCUUUGUCACCUCUGUCGACGCAAUUGCGACACGUUCUCUCGGAAUCCAUAGCUUCGGAACCAAUUCUUCUGAUUGCAUCACCAGGUACUGAUCCUUCAAAAGAAGUUAAGGAACUAGCAGACAGUACUGUUGGGCAAGAUUACAAAGAGAUUUCUAUGGGAGAAGGUCAAGAGGAAUUAGCAAUGCGCGUAGUUGAAUCGGCCGCUUCACAAGGUUAUUGGGUAUGUUUGAAAAACGUACAUUUGGUUAAAAAGUGGUUACUAUCAUUGGAUGAACUGAUUAAUUCUCAAAAACCUCAUGAAAAUUUCCGCUUAUGGCUCACAACUGAAAGGACGAGCGCCUUCCCAGAAUCGUUGGCAAGAAACUGUUUGAAGCUUUCCUACGAAGCCCCACGCGGUUUGUUAGCCUCAGCUACGAGGACCUUGGCCACAUGGGCCUCAUCAGACCCUAGAGGAAUUUGCCCGGACGGCUACCAGGCUCCCGUCCAUGUCGCCUUGGCCAUACUACAUGCUGCCCUAAUAGAAAGACGAGCAUUUGUACCACAGGGUUGGUCAAAAUACUACGAAUUUAAUGAAAGUGAUUUGUGGACUGCCCUUAGUAUUUUAUUUUCAUUUACUGAAUAAAGGAAUAUCAAUAAUUUGUUAGGUAAACCUGAUUGGAGUACUCUUCGUUCAUUGAGCUCGGCUUUAGCAUAUGGUGGAAAAAUGGACGGAGCAAUUCAGGAUUCCCAAAUUAUGAACUCCUAUUUAGAACAGAUUUUUACAAACGAUGUUUACACUAGACGUUGGAAACCACUUGGCGCUUCUCUGUAUUUGCCACAAAGCAAUAGUCUAAAAGAACAUCUCACUGCUCUGAAUGCACUUUCUGAAGAAGAAGACACUAAACUACUCGGCCUUCCCCAGAACAUCAAAUGUGCCUGGGAAAUGCAAAGAGCAGCAGAAAUUUUGACCAAACUUUCUGGUCUCUCUUUGGGAGAACCGAAAGAGUCUUCUAAUAUUUCUCACGAAUGGAGCCGUGGCAUUGCCCCAUAUUUGAAUAUAUGGAAAAAAUUAAAUCAAAAUUCAAAAUUAUUUCAAAAUUUAAAUUCUUCAAAAAUUUUGCAGAUCAGUGAAAGUGAUACUGGAAAUGCGUUAGAGAUGUUUGCAUCGCGUGAAUGCGCAUUUGCUAUUGAAUUAGUGAAGCGUGUGCAUCAUGAUUUAUCAUCGAUCAGUCGAGUGAUUAGAGGAACAAUGUCAAAGAACAAGGAUGUGGAAACCUUAGCGAAUAGUCUACUUAAUAAUCAAAUACCAAGCUGCUGGGCUAGAAUUUGGGGGGAAGCAUAUCCUGAUAUAGUUAGCUAUCUUAGGGCUUUAACAAAGAGAGCAAAUCAAGCAUAUAGAGUUUACCACGAAGAAAACUUUAACGCUUUAUUGGAUAGCAUAAUAGAUUUUUCAUUACUUUUUCAUCCGAAAACGUUUCUUAUUGUACUGAAACAAAUAACUUCAAGGAAAUCAGGAUAUCCGUUAAACUGCCUUCAUUUAUCCUGUUCGUGGUCUAAUGAUGCUCAUAAUUUUCCCAAUCAUGCAAAAAUAACGGGUUUGCAAUUAGAAGGAGCUUUAUUUUCUAGAGGAAAACUACAACCCUCUUCAUCCGAUUCGCCUAGUUCUCAACCCCUUCCCAUUUGUUCAGUGUUUUGGAUACCGGAAUCUAAAAUUAAUCAUGGUGACUGCUGCCUGAUUCCUUUAUACGAAUCAUCUGACCGAUUAUCAAUGAUAGCAGAAUUGCCAAUGACUUCAACGCCAGGAGAACGAGAUUUAUGGUUGAAAUCAGGAACAUCUAUAUGUAUUUUAAAAUAA